AUGUUCUUCUUCAAAUAUUGGAUUUACAUAAUUGGGAUUCUAAUCGCUAUUCAAGAAAGUAGAUCAUCAUCGAACUAUGAAAAAAAAAUAGAAACAAAAUUGAAGGCUGUGGAAAGCGAUGAUAUGACAAAUUUUCGAGAAGAAGUCAAGAAGUGGAUGGAAUCUGGUAUGCAUAAUUAUGAAUCAUUUUUAAGUGAUCAGGCUACUAGGUGGGAAAGAUGCCCAUUAAGCAUUGCUGUUACUGGAUCAGCUGGUCAAGGUAAAUCGAGUUUAAUUAAUACACUUCGUGGUUUGAAGCCUGGCUCAGAUGGUGCUGCUAAAGUGUGUGAGGUUGAAUGCACACAAGAAAUCACUGAAUACCCGGAUCCGACGCAUCCAAAUCUUAUUUAUUAUGAUUUACCAGGUGUAGGUACACCUAAGUUUUCAAGAUCUGAAUAUUUUAAUAUGAUUAAAAACCAAACGAAACAUAAUAUGGAAUUUAAAGAUUUUGAUUUCUUUCUGAUUUUAUCUGCUGAUCGAUUUACCGAAGAAGAUGCUUGGUUAGCACAACAGAUCAAUGGAGGUGGCAAACAAUUUUACUUUGUUCGUACCAAAAUCGAUAUUAGUAUAAAUAAUAGCCGGGACAAUGAUCCUGACAAUUUUAAUGAAGAAAAACUUUUAAAUACAAUACAAACAUAUUGUUUAAAAGAAUUAAAUGCACUUAAUCGUAAUAUAAGAGGAUCGAUUAAUAAUGGUUGGAAUGAAGCGAAUAUUUUUUUAUUGAGUACGAAAUUAUUUCAUUCUGAUAGAUGGGAUUUUCGACGAAUGCGUAAAUCGUUGAUGAAGGACUAUCCAGAUAAAAAACGUGACUCUUUCAUUAUGUCGUUUCGAACAAAUUCUAAAGAUAUUCUUCGUGAAAAAGUCAGUGUUUUGCAAAAAGGACUUUGGCAGUAUGCGAUGGUGAGUGCUUUAGGUGGGGCUGUGCCCUAUCCUGUUGUUUCUACUGUUAUUGAUCUUGCCACAGUUCAAUUUGCUUUAUCCAAUUACAAAAAACAUUUAGGUUUAGAUCAUAAAUCAUUGGAAAUAUUACUUGAAACAUAUCAAAUGGGGAGCAUCACAUCUCGACUGAAAAGUUCAGCUUCUUAUUUAUUUUAUACUCCUGAUCAAGUCUUCGCUAAAAUCGUUCGUUCUGAAAUAAAUGAUGAAAUAGCAGAAAAGACAACAAAACAGCUCCUGAAAUAUUUUCCUAUGCUCGGUCAACUAGUUGAUGCAACUAUAAGUUAUAGGAACACAUAUAUUCAACUACAUGAAAUGUUAAAUGAAUUGGAAUCAGCAGGAAUUAAUGUUAUAGACUAUGCGCGAGACGAUUUUUUAAAAUCAAGAGAUCGUUCCGAAGAAUUGUAA